UACCAUUUCGAUUCUCGGGUCGAGUCGAGUUCUAGUGUUGAUUUUGUUCUUGAUUUGAGCUCAGGAUCUUUAGUUUUGGUAAAUUAGCAUCAGAUUAUGUGCAGGAUUAAAGAAUAAUUGGACUAGAAGUGUAGGAUUUUUGAUAGGAAAAGACCAAAAACAAAUGGCGUUGCAUGCUUCAGAGUUAUGAACCUAUCAAUCAAUUAACUCCACUCUACAGUCUACAUUGCCGAAGCUUACACAACACGCCGUUUACCAUUUAUUAAUCUCGUCAGCCUUACCAAUGUUUAGGGUUUGUUAGUUCUGAUUGAUUUAUGUUCAUGGAUCGAUCCCGGUUCGGUAUAGUUUUCAUCACUUCAUGUUCAGGGUUGGGGUAUAUAUGAUGGUCUCCAGUGUUCUUUACUGUGGGUUUGAUAUAGUGAGGGAAACUGGAUCUGUGGGUUUUGGUGCAGGUGAGGUGUAUGGUGUUGUGGAGCAACCCGGAAGCUGUGAUGGAAGCUUUAUUGCUCAUGUACAAGUUGAUGAGAGGUCUCGAGGUGAGGCAGUUAGUGACAGGUUACCUUACUGCUAUGGUUCUCCAUCGAAAGCAACAGGGAGUUGUUCUUAUCAAAGAUUGUCUACUCAUGCACAAGUUCAUGAGAAGUCACAAGGUGAGGCAUUUAAUCACCUGCCACCUGUUAGAGGUCAAUCACCUUAUUCAUCGGGUUCUCCGAUGAAACUUGCACGCACUUCUUCUCAAAGACUGUCUGGUCCUGGCCAACUUGAUGAUGGGUUUCAAGGUGAGGCAUUUACUGUUCUAGAGCAACCCAGAAACAACAACAAUACACAAUCACCUUAUUCUCCAGUGAAAGUGGCACACACUUAUUCUUGUCAAAGCAAGUCUGAUGGUGAGACUUCCAAUCCAUUGCCGGCGACAUUGUGCAAUGGACAAUCACUUUGUUCCUCCCCUUCUCCCGAUGAAAUCCUGUCUGCUCCUUCUGAUGCUUAUAGACAAUUCUGUGAGAGGUUCCAAGGUUGUUCUUCAAGUCGAAAGCUCGAUGAGGCUCUGAGUGAUGUUCUUCCGAGUCAAAGAUCUACAGCGGCGGCGGUGCCUCCGUUGAAAACGAAGGAAUCAACCGCUGCGAACGAUUCAAACGACUCAGUUUCGAGACCAUCGUUCUCGCCAAUGAUCCAUAUUUCACUCGAAAGUACUUCUCCUAGGUCAUCAGAAAUGGUGCUGGUCUAUCUUCCUACCCAAUUGACACUGUUCGUAGAUAAUGACCUCUGGUGAAGCUGUCGAGUACAAGAGUUUUGAAGCCUUCACUCAGAUCUUGAAGAAUGUGGGUGCUAAGUCCUUGUUCAAGGGUGUUGAUGCAAACGUCCUCCAUGCCAUUGCUGGUGUUGGUAUUCUUUAAUUUCUGGUUGUGACGAGUUGCAGCUAAUUGUGUGUGGGAAGAAUUAUGGGUCUGCAUCUGGUUAAUAAUGCUAGAUAGCUUUUAGAUGGUGAUGAAAAUCUAUUUUUCUGAGUGCUUAUGUUGGGAAAAUUGUUCCUUGAAUAUUCAAUUAUAGGGGAGUUGAUCACAAACAGAGAGAUUGGAUUUGAUACAGUUCUCUGUAUGAUGUGAUACUAGUAACCUAUAUA